CCAUCUCUAUGCCUCUUGCGCUCCGGCUGCAGGAGGAGAGGCGGGACUUCCGGGCCAGCGGCCGGUUUCUUCCCAAGGGCCGGAAGCGCCGGUGUUUUCCUUGACUCUAUGAGACCUCCAAAAUGUUCAGCGCAGCCCAGUUGUCUAAGGCCCAGUUCCUUGACAAGGCGCGCCAAGCGCGUGAGGAGCGCCGGGAGCUGAAGGAGCGUGAGCGAGCGGCAGUGCAGAUCCAGGCCCUUGUCCGAAGGUUCUUGUGCCGCUGUCAUUUGCAGCGGGAAAUCAGGAGAGAAGUAGAUGACUUUUUUGAUGCAAACGGGCCUGGCAAGAAGACAGCACUUUCGAUCUUCAAAAUAUCCCGGAAGCUGCUCUUUGUCUUCAGGUGCCAAGAUGACAAAGAGAGAUUUGAAAAGUUGUGUCGCUGUAUCCUUAACAGUAUGGAUGCUGAAAAUGACCCUAAGGUGUGGUAUGUGUCCCUUGCACUUUCAAAGGAGCUCACGCUGACGUGGAUCAAGCAGAUCAAGGAUGUUCUGUGGCUUUGCUGUGAGUUUCUGAAGCUGCUUAAGCCAGACAUAUUGCAAGACUCUAAGCUGGUGAAUCUGCACCUCACAAUGCUGGUCACAUUUACGGACACUUCCACGUGGAGAAUCCUGAGGGGGAAAGGAGAAACUCUGCGGCCUGCCAUGAACCACAUCUGUGCAAAUAUCAUGGGACACCUGAAUCAAAAGGGAUUUUAUUCCGUGCUCCAGAUUUUGCUGACAAAUGGCUUGGCGAGGUCAAGACCUUCCCUCUCCAAAGGCACUUUAACGGCAGUCUUUUCUCUUGCGCUGCGCCCUGUGGUUGCGGCUCAGUUUUCUGACAAUCUCUUACGAUCCUUUUUGAUCCACAUCAUAUCAGUGCCUGCUAUAGUCACCCAUCUUGCUACGCUUACGCCUGAGCGUUUGGCAGUGAUAGAAUCGCAGGACCUCCUGCGCAAAUUCAUACUGUUCUUGAGCCGUGAAGAGCUGUGCAGGGACGUCUGUGUGUGUUUAGAAGGGAGCCACACACUCUGCCUUCUAGGCAACCUUGUCUACUUGGGCUCCUUGAAUGACAAGGUGUUGGAGGAGGAGACGGCCCAUUUUGUGAGCGUCCUGAUCCAGAUGCUCUCCUACUGCCAGAAGUACGUUUCUCAGAAGAAGUCCAACCUCACACACUGGCACCCUGUGCUUGGCUGGUUCUCCCAGACAGUGGAUUACGGCUUGAACGAGUCAAUGCCUCUCCUUACGAAGCAGCUGCAGCACCUCUGGGGCACCCACCUGAUCCGCAUCCUCUUCAGUGACGUCCUGAGCAAGAAGCUUCUGGAGAACCAGGAUGCAGCUCGCCUGCCAGUGCCGACCACAUCUCCGCAAAACAGCCUGCCCAUGAAGAACCUUUUCAAGCGUGCCUUCCAGAAAUCCGCAUCUGUCCGCAACAUCCUUAAGCCUGUUGGGGGCAAGAGGGUGGAUUCGGCAGAGGUGCAGAAGGUCUGCAGCAUCUGUGUCCUGUAUCAGAUGGCACUCACCACCCUGACCCAGAUCCGGCUGCAGAUUCUCACAGGCUUGACCUAUCUGGACGACCUGCUGCCCAAGCUGUGGGCCUUUAUUUGUGAGCUGGGCCCCCAGGGUGGCUUGAAACUCUUCCUGGAGUGCUUGAACAAUGACACUGAGGAGUCCAAGCGGCUGCUGGCCAUGCUGAUGCUUUUCUGCGACUGCUCCCGGCAUCUCAUCACAAUUCUUGACGACAUUGAAGUCUACGAAGAGCAGAUCUCUUUCAAACUGGAAGAGCUCAUCACAAUCUCAUCUUUCCUGAAUUCUUUUGUGUUUAAGAUGAUUUGGGAUGGAAUUGUGGAGAGUGCCAAAGGAGAGACCCUGGAGCUCUUCCAUUCGGUGCACGGUUGGUUGAUGGUCUUGUACGAACGAGACUGCCGCCGGCGUUUUGCUCCAGAUGACCACUGGCUGCGCAAGGACCUUAAACCGAGUUUGCUCUUCCAGGAGCUUGAUAAAGACCGGAAACGGGCCCAGCUGGUCCUGCAGUAUAUUCCCCACAUCAUCCCCCACAAAAAUAGGGCUCUUCUCUUCCGGAACAUGGUGACAAAAGAGAAGGAGAAGCUGGGGCUGGUGGAGACAAGCUCCGCGUCGCCUCAUGUCACGCACAUCACCAUCCGCCGGUCGCGCAUGCUGGAGGAUGGGUACGAACAGUUGUGCCAGCUGUGUCAGAACGCCAUGAAGGGGGUCAUUCGGGUGAAGUUUGUGAAUGACCUGGGAGUGGAUGAGGCCGGCAUUGACCAGGACGGCGUCUUCAAGGAGUUCCUCGAGGAGAUAAUCAAGAAGGUCUUUGACCCUGCGCUCAACCUCUUUAAGACCACCAGCGGCGAUGAGAGGCUGUAUCCCUCCCCAACGUCCUACAUCCAUGAGAACUAUCUCCAGCUCUUUGAGUUUGUUGGGAAGAUGCUUGGGAAAGCCGUCUAUGAGGGGAUUGUGGUGGAUGUUCCUUUUGCGUCUUUCUUCCUGAGUCAGCUGCUGGGACAUCAUCACAGCAUCUUCUACAGCUCUGUGGAUGAACUUCCCUCACUGGAUUCAGAGUUCUAUAAAAACCUGACCUCCAUCAAGCGUUAUGAUGGAGAUAUCAGUGACUUGGGCCUGACGCUUUCCUAUGACGAAGAUGUGAUGGGCCAGCUUGUUUGCCAUGAACUUAUUCCAGGAGGGAAAACCAUCCCUGUAACCAACGAAAACAAGAUCAGCUACAUCCACCUCAUGGCCCACUUCCGGAUGCACACGCAGAUCAAAAGCCAGACGGCCGCCUUCAUCAGCGGCUUCCGCUCAAUCAUCAAGCCUGAGUGGAUCCGUGUCUUCUCUGCCCCUGAGUUGCAAAGGCUGAUAUCUGGUGACAACGCCGAGAUAGACCUCGAAGACUUGAAGAAGCACACUGUGUACUACGGGGGCUUCCAUGGCAGUCACCGAGUCAUCAUUUGGCUUUGGGAUAUCCUAGCCAAUGAUUUUAGCCCUGAUGAAAGAGCCAUGUUUCUUAAGUUUGUUACCAGCUGUUCUCGGCCGCCACUGCUGGGCUUUGCCUACCUCAAGCCUCCCUUCUCCAUCCGCUGCGUGGAAGUAUCCGAUGACCAGGACACGGGGGACACCCUGGGCAGCGUACUGCGGGGCUUCUUCACCAUCCGGAAGAAAGAGCCGGGCGGGCGACUGCCCACCUCCUCCACCUGCUUCAACCUCCUCAAGUUGCCCAACUACAGCAAGAAGAGCGUUCUGAGGGAGAAGCUGCGCUAUGCCAUCAGCAUGAACACAGGCUUUGAGCUCUCCUAGCCUAUGCUCUCAAGAGCUGGAUGGGCUCUCCCCUUGGUAAAUGGCCGCCUGAGCAGGCUGUAGCUCUGGCCUGGGGUCCGGCAUCACUCUGAUGCCGCUGGACGCAACUCUGCAAGGAGGACCUCCUUGGAAAAGCAGCUGGCCUGCCAUUAAAUGUAGCAUCAAGAGCCAA